AUGCCGGCCAUCAAGAGCUUCAUCGACAAGUACAUCUACCACAAACAGGAGAAUGUGCCGCCGCCCAUCACGACAAACACGGCCACAGCAUUGCUGAUCGUCUACACCCUCAUAUACGUGGUCCCUUUCUACCUGUCGCCCCGCACCCGGCCGUCGCCGGACCUGUCCCGGGAUGCACCCUCCGUCAUCCGGGCCCGCAUCGCCUCCGUGACCCUCACGUGCGUCGUCUGCUCGGCCGCCACCUUCUACGUCCUCACCAAUCAGGGCCGCGCCCCUGCCCUGGAUGCCGCCCACCUGAUGGGCUACCUGCCCGUCGGCCUCGUCGAGGCCGGCAAGACGACCCUGCUGACGGCCAUCCUGUUUGCCGGCCCCCUGUUUGAGCACCUCGUCGUCGAGGGGGCGUGGAGGGACUGGCUCAGGCUGGCGCCUCUGAGGGAGCUCUUCAACGAAUGGACCGUCUGGAGGAACAUCGGCCCCGUCACCGAGGAGGUCCUCUUCCGCUCCGCGGCCGUGCCCCUCAUGCUCCUGGCCCGCACGUCCAUCCCAAAGACCAUCUUCCUGUCCCCCGUCAUCUUCGGCCUCGCCCACGUGCACCACUUUUACGAGUUCCGCAUCACCCACCGCCAGGUGCCCCUCGCCGCCGCCCUCGCCCGCUCCGCCUUCCAGCUCGCCUACACCACCCUCUUCGGCGCCUACGCCACCUUCCUCUUCCUCCGCACCGGCAGCCUGCUCGCCAUCUGCCUCGCCCACGCCUUCUGCAACUGCAUGGGCCUGCCCCGCGUGUGGGGCCGCGUCCAGCCCCCCGGUGGGGAGGGGGGGGACGACGACGUCGCCGUCGCCGUCGCCGUCGCACCGCGGGAGGGAGGGGAGAGGGGUGGUAGCGCCACGACGGCGAAGCGGCCGACGUUGCUGUGGACCGUGGCUUACUACUGCCUCCUAGUCGGUGGCGCGCUCACCUGGUACCGCAACCUGUGGAGGCUGACCACCAGCCCGCAGGCCCUGGUGCCCAUGGAUGGCUGGUAG